UUGAAAACAAAUUCAACGAUUUAAUAAUUCUAUUAAAUACAUUCAGCAAUUACAGGCUCUCUGACAUUGAAGUUAUUUUCAAAUAUUUUACAGCUGAGUCAUCUAUCCAAGGCAUCUGUCACACAGACGGUAACCAGUUUGCUGCAAACUACAUUACAGAAUCAGUGAUUUACAAGUUUGAUAGUACAGUAGUGACUCAAAAGAGAUUAAAUAUCCGUGCCGAAGCCUUUUUAAGUACUGUAUGGUAUAUCACAACAAAUCCAUUAAUGAUCCAAGAGGGAGGACUUCACUUAGAUUAUAGAUUAGAAGUGGGCAAGACAUAUUCAAGAAAUUUAAAAUCUCCCACAUUUGUAGAAGCAAAACAAAUGUCACACACUUCAGAAAGAAAAACAUGGCAAUUUUAAUAUUGUGCACAACUUAUAGUUAUGAAGUGAUUCUUUUCUUUUUGUACCUGGAACUAUUUAAAUGUGACUGCCCACCUGACAUACUUAUUUAGACAUGCAAAAGGUAGAAAUGAAACUUCAGCAAUCAGAAUUUUGGGAAAGUCCAUCUCCUGCUCACCAUUUUGUACUGAAAAUUGUGAGAAUGUAAGUCAGCACCUGCUUUAGUUCUUGUUGGCUGAUAAUCUGCUGAAGAGGGAUGGAUGGACUCAUUGCAUUUGAAUAAUUUAAUUAGUACUGCGUAAGAUAAACAACCAGCUCUAUUUAGAAAUGCCCUUUAUGUUUCUAAUUAGGGCUGGUGUUCACAUUGCCUAGUUCCAAAUCAAAUUUAAGAAUGAUCAAAUGAAUUAAUUGUUUUUGUAAUAAGCUUCAUUUUGACUCUCUGCCUUAUAAUGUAUAUUAAUUCUCUGAAAAUUGUAGGAAAUGUUUAUAGUGUGUUUCUUCUGGAAGCAAGAAUUGUGGUGCAUUACACUUGAGCACUGUAAUUAUUUGGAAAGAAAUGGGCCUUGUUUGUAUAGGGUUUCAUUUUAUCACAACUGAGAAAUAUUGUAUGCUUGGACCUUUUGAUCUUGGAUCCUUGAAAUAUAUUUGCAAUUUAAGUCCUGUAAUUUCCACCAAAUGUCAUGCUCUCUGAAAAUUAUGGGAGUUAAUGUCCAGCACGUUUGGUGAUUAUAAAACUGAGAAAAGUUGUGUAAGAGGCUUUUGUUACAUAAGCUUCUGCUACCAACUUCAGAAUUGGGGGCCAGCUCCUCAGAAGUCCUUAUUUGAAAGACGUGUGUGUGUGUGGCUAAAUCUGAAAACAGGUUUUAUAGUUUUGAAGUAAUCCUGAAAAAGCCUACUCAUGCUGCUUGUUUUCUUAAAUAUGUACUAUGUCCAAAGCUUUUCUGCAGUUGGAGAAAAAGGAUCAACAAGAAGUGGCGUUGAAUCAGUCUUCCCUAGGAUCAAGGAAAAACUACUCAUUCACAAAUGACGAAGUACGACAAAUUGAUCGGGAAAACCAAAGGCUCUUAAAAGAAUUGACAAAGCAUUCUACAAAACCCAGAAACAAAAGUGCCUCAGUGAAGAAACCUUCAGGCUCAGCACCUAAAAUGUACCACAGUGCCAUCAACAGGCAGAAGGAACAGCAGAGGAUCGACAGAGAGAAUCUGGCUUUUUUGAAAAGACUUGAAGCAGUGAAACCAACAACUGGCAUGAAGCGCUCAGAACAGCUCACUGACUACCAGCGGCAGAUGGGCUACUUUCGCACUUCUGGAACUCCGAGGCGAGGAAAGUCUGCCUUGAAUCAUCAGAGUCCAUCUAGAGGUACAUCCCGAACUUCCAGUCAUAGUGCAUCCAGUACUAUAAAUCGAAGGAGUGAAAAACCAGUUUUUGAUAAAUGGUGCACUGCAACAGUUGAACCCCAGUAACAUUCAUGGCGCCUGGUUAUAAAUAAUUUGCACUUCGCUAUCAGAUUUCUAAUCUCUGGUGGUUUGGGGAUUACUGUAAUUCUGUGCAGGACUGUUGUAAUAUUGAAUAAUUAAAGGAUACUGGAAAGUAGUAUUAACUAUAAAUGGAUACAAUCUUGAUUCUUUUUUUCCCAUCUUUCUAAUGUGUGUUGGACGGUAUCUUUAUAGUCAGUAUUUCUUAAAACAAUACUUGUAUUAAAAAGUGGCAACAUUGCAAACCUUAUUUUCUCAAAGUCAAAUGAAAUUGAGGUUUGAAAAAUAUGGGUUAGGGUAGACCAGAAAUGUAAAACAAUAUAAUAAAAUUUCAUUUGUUUUUAGUCUUAAAUUUUUAAUUUCUUACCAUGAAAUUCAAUGUAAUUUUGUUAUUGCAAACUUUUAAUUUCAUAAUUUAUAAGAUCUAAUAAAAAUGUUAGAUGGAGAGAACAUAUACAACUUGGCCUUGGUGCUGUCAGUUACAACAUGGAAAUCAUAAACUGAAUCUUUUUAGAUCAGUUCUCCAAUUUUAGAAAUGUGGAUUUAGAUAAGCAUUUAAAUAAAUGUAAAAAGUAUUGUCUAUUAUCUAGAAUUCUAAAGAACUUGUACUGUAAUGUGUUAACAAUUUUGGUCUGUGAUAUAUUUGCACAAUUAUAUUUAUUAAAUUAUUCUCUAAAAAUUUGUUUCUUGAAGUAAAAAUGAACAGAAAUCUUGUGGGUGCAUUUCUUAAAUCUUGGCACUUUGGAAUCUCCAUAAGCAUAUUUUUCUUUGUCAAAAACUAUGAAGUGUGAUUAGUUAUGAAGGUAUGAAAAUUGUACAUCUGUCAUUUAAAAAUUAAGUAAAAUAUUUAAUUGAAUUAC